AUGGUCGGAGCGGACCGAUGGAUCAUUCGCUUCUUCACCCGCGCCAGCAGCGUGCAUAUCAAUUUAAUAGUAGUAGCGCAUCGGACUGAAGAGAUCAACGUGGAUCUGUCGAAGGACAACAGCUUGCUCGUUGACAUAUCGGAUGCGCUUUCAGAAAGAGAUAAGGUAAAAUAUACAGUUCAUACGAGGACGACGUUGCCGGAGUUUGCAAAGGCUGAAGUGAGCGUUGUUCGAGAGCAUGAAGAAUUCAUCUGGCUACAUAACUGCUUGUCGGAAAACGAAGCUUAUGCGGGCUUCAUCAUACGGGAGAUUGAAUCAAUGAACAGGAGUUGGAAGCUAUUUAGCUGA